GUGGGUGAUAAUGAGACUCAUCUAGAUUAAGUCCCUUACAAGCUGUUUUGCAGUUGAGCUGUACUAGUAAUGCAUGGUGACAGGACAUGCACACAGGGACCUGGCCGUGUUCACAGGCUUUAGAUGAGCUGCUCUGAAGAGGCAAGGAGAGCAUGUCUAAGGGAUUACUUGUAAAUACGCAUGGUCUCUGAACGGCAGAUGACCUCUGAGAGAAGGAGACUGUAAAAGACACAGUAAGCCGCAAGAGACCAUUUUACAGGAUUUAAAAAGAAGAGGAGAGAUACAAGUGCAAUCCUGUAAAAACACAGAAGAUUCAGGCCUGCACAAAGAUCUGCUCUGAACUCAUGUAGCCAAUAACGUAAAAGACUUCAAGGAAAAGCCUCUGUCUACCUUAAAGAAUCAACUAUUUGACCAGUUAGGCUUAAACAAGCAUGAGACCCAACUUGCAUCCAAAAAUCCCCACACCAGUGCUAAAGAAGACAACGAGAGAAUGGAUUUUAUCAUUAAUCUUCUACACAAUCUGUCUUUCAGUAUGCACCGGGACUGGAAUUCCAGGUUCAGACAACAACUUCUAUCCUCGUUUUAUAUGUACCCCCAUUCCCGCCAAUGCUGAUCCCGAGUGUUUCCCCACAGCGGGUGGCCCUGGUGGUCCCAGUAAUCAGCAACACAGUGGACCAAAUGGGAACAGCAAUGGCUGGUGGGGUAUGUCCGAAGAGGCAAAAGCAACCAUUCUGCACCUGCGGGAGAGUUUGGUCCAGCAGAAGGAGACCAUCCUGAACCAGCGGGAGACAAUCCGUGAGCUCAUGGCCAAACUGAAUUUGUGUGAAGGUUUCAACCGUGGCAUGGGCAACCAUGACGACCACCCACACCACACGCCUGCACACCUGACCCACCAUGCCUACACGGCAACACCUGAUAACAAUCCCCUUGGUUGGGUGGUGCCUGAUGAUCACCAAGGCAACCAUGGAAUGGAGCCUGUGCAUUAUGGGGAUGGGAUCGAAGGACAUCACCGUGGGAAAAGCGCAUUGAGCGAGAAGCAUGUUUCAGGGGUGAGGACCCCUUCAGACUCCUCUACACCGGAGCAGAUGAGCAGGAUGCUUCAGACCUUAAAGGAGCAGCUAGCAAACCUACAGACAAGAAACACCUCCAGCACCUACUCCAGUUCACUGAAGGAUCUCCUGCAGAGAAAGAUCAAUGCCCUAGAACAACAGAUGCAACACUAUUCUGCAUCACUAGCCAGUGCCAAUCACAGUGACCAUGAUGACGAUGACAGUCACCAUGGCGACGAUCAUGAUGACAGCCAUCACGAAGGCCAUCAUGAUGGCCGAGACCACGAGGAUCACGAUGAUCCUCACGAUGACGAUAAUCAUCAUGAUGAUGAUCACCACGGAGACAAUCACCAUGAUGAUAGCCAUGAUGACAGCCACCAUAAUGACCACAGGCAUGACAAUGGGCACCAAGACAACAGUCACCAUGAUAACAGCUACCAUGGCAAUGAUAUUUCUGGACAUAGCCUACAGAGGUUGCCGUAUCAGUUACAAGGACACAGAGAAGCACCGGAUGGGGUGCAGAGCAAGCUGGAUGCAGUUUUAAAUCAUCUGCAACACAGGCUUGCUGACACAGGCUCUAGAAAGAUGAGCAAGGCAGAUGAAGCUUUCCAGAUCAGCUUCCCCAUGCGAACAAACUACAUGUACAGUCGUAUAAAGAGUACUCUGCUGCAUGAGAUAUUCUCCUUGACUCUGUGUCUUUGGAUGAAGGCCGGCCUCGGGCCUGGACUAGGAACUCCUUUCUCCUACUCUGUCCCAGGUCAGGCCAAUGAGCUGGUUCUCAUUGAGUGGGGCAACAACCCUAUGGAGCUGCUGAUUGAUGACAAAGCUGUUACUCUACCCCUCUCUUUAAAUGAUGGUAAAUGGCAUCAUGUGUGUGUGACAUGGUCAACACGGGACGGGCUGUGGGAGGCCUACCAGGAUGGUGUGAAGAGAGGCUCAGGAGAAAACCUCUCCCCCUGGCACCCCAUCAAACCUGGAGGGGUCUUUAUACUGGGACAGGAGCAGGACACACUGGGUGGUCGUUUUGAUGCUACACAGGCGUUUGUUGGUGAAAUCUCAGAUGUUCAAAUGUGGUCUCAAGUUCUCACACCUCAUGACAUCUACAAUCUAGCUUCGUGUGGAGGCCAUAUCACUGGUGACAUCAUCGCCUGGUCAGAGUCAGCGGUGGAGAUACAUGGAGGGGUCACCAAACAUCCCUUUGACCCCUGUCAAUAAAGUCCAGAGUUAAUAAAUCUCAGGCAAAAGGACAAUCUUAUCUAUUUACUAGAAAUGAAGUGCAAAAAGUAAAAAUGCAAACCCGCAGCUUGUUUCAAAGCACUUUCAAGACUUUUAAUUCAAAACUCAGACAUUACUACUUCAAAUAUAUUGCCUUCUGUUUACAAAAGACACUUGAAUUACCCAAGACCUCUAAGACUAAAGCAGGGACCAGUGCUGUGUGUUGUGUCCAUGUAUUUGUGUAACUUAUGUUUUUCGACUAAACUUUUUUCAAAUUGUUAUUCUACUUGUUAAAUGGCACUUGCGUAUCUUUCAAUAUUUUGAUGCAAGUGCAUCACAAAUGGACAUAACUUGGAUAGAAAAGCAUAGAUCAAAAUAGGAUGCGAGAAAGCUUAACAGAAGUUGUUUUGGGAUAUAAGAAAUGUAGAUGUUUUGUGCAAAAAUAGAAAAUCUCAAGGCUCUAUAUGAGCAAUUUAAUGGAUUCCUUUACAUGUACUGUAAAAGAAUCUACAAAAGAUACAGCAAUACCAAAGAGAAGAUUUAAAUAUCCAGCUGAUCUGAAUGGCCAUGUUUACUGUUUUUUUUUUGUAAAUGUAUGUUUUGUUUUGUGUUUAAUUUGUAUUCUGAUGUUAAAAUGUUUAGCCACAUCCGAGCUAAACAUACAAGCAGCCAGAACUGGAACUGUCUUUAUUAUUUAGUCAAACUUUUGAUAUGCUUUGAGCUAUAGCUUCAGUGUUGUGUAGUAAUUUGCUUAAAACUUAUAAUGUAUUUUUUCAUAAUGAAUGUAUUGAUUUAA